AACCCUCUAAACGGUGGAGAGGCUUUCAAGUGAGGAUAUUUGAAGAAGACGUUAAUGGUGAGAUAAAAAUCUUUCGACGGCUAAGAAAAAUGUUAGUGUUGCAGAGCCACCAGUGUCUCUUCACUUUCCCUCACCGUCUCCGUCCGACUCGUCUUGUCUCUCUCUACCGCUUACCGGAAUCUAUUUCUCCAGUAUCCGCUUUCACCAGGAUCCGACCCGAUAGAAACCGGGUAUCCGCUGUAAGAAAAAUCGCCGAUGUGGCGGAGGUUGAGGAAGAUGGCCCAAUUGAGCUUCCUCCGUCGUCUUCAUCGUCUCCGUUUUCUACCACUAACUCCAUUUUCGCCACUUCCGAUGACCCUAGUCCUCUCCAGUUAGCCACCAGUGUGCUUCUAACCGGUGCCAUCACUGUCUUCCUCAUCCGCUCGGUUCGACGGCGCGCUAGACGCGCCAAAGAGCUGACGUAUAGAUCAACUGGAGCAAAGAAAUCUUUGAAAGAUGAGGCAAUGGAUACUCUGAAAGCAUUGGGCUCAACUCCAUUAGAAGGUGUUAAGUCAACUCCAUCGGCAGCUCAGGCUUUCCUUGGUGCGGUAGCAGCAGGAGUCAUUGCUCUCAUUCUUUACAAGUUCACUGUUACCAUUGAAUCAGGUCUCAACCGCCAGACUAUCUCUGAUAACUUCUCGGUUAGGCAAAUCACGGUAACCGUAAGGACUAUCAUCAACGGUAUAUGCUACCUAGCAACAUUUAUUUUCGGUUUCAACGCUAUAGGGCUACUCCUUUACUCUGGUCAAUUAGCCUUCAACGAAGAUUCCGAUGAAAACAUGAAAGCCACAACACAGCCUGGAGACUCAUCAGGUGACAACAGUGAGGUAAAUAAAAGCAAUGAGGAUCAAACUUCAGGUGAUUGAUCCGGUCUUUGUAUUUGUUAGUUGUACUAUGAAACAUGUAAUAAUAAAAAUAUCAUAUUCAAUCAAUGUAUGUAUAAAUUGUUUUCUUUUUUUCAAUUGAUUGUAAACUGUCUACCUGUUUGUUGGGAA